CGCGGAGCCGCAAUCGCGUCCUCUCGCUGCCUGGCGAAGGCGCGGACUGCGCGCGGAGGCAAAUGCGGUAGAGAAGAGCAGCGGGCGCGGGAGCCGCCGGCAGAGCAUGAGGAUGGCCGUGGGCUCCGUCAGGAUGCAGCCCCCGUGCGAGAGCCUGGCCUUGGCCGAUGCGGCGGCGGAGGUGGGCAGCCCGAGUGCCCGGGAUCCCGAGCGCGAGCAGCCGCCCGCGUCGCUGCGGCCGCGGCUGCGGGACCUCCCGGCGCUGCUGCGGAGCGGGCUCACGCUGCGGAGGAAGCGGAGCGCCGCCGGGGCCCGGACUCUGUCAAGAAGAAUUUCCAAUCCAUACCUUGAACAUACUUCUUCCCAGAUUUAUGGAGAGAAUUCUUCUUGUGCAGGAAGAGCAUUGAGGAAUAUUAUUAUCGUUCAGUCAGCUGACCUGGUAAAGGACAGAGUGAACCUUAAGGGGUUUUACAGGAAAAGCUGCGUUGGGUCAGAACUGGUUGACUGGCUUCUAGAGCACUGUCCUUUUGUCCCAUGCAGAGCUAUGGCCAUAGGGGUCUGGCAGCUCCUAUUGGACAUGGGGAUCAUGUCAUCAGUGGACCAGCACCUCUACUUUCAAGAUAAUUAUGUUUUCUAUCAGUUUUCAUCUGAUGAAUGUAGCUACUUGUACUGUGAAUUUGAAAGAGAAGAAGAAUGGCAAAAUGGUGUCAAACUUCUGCUACAGCUUGUGCCUCUCGUUCCUGCCAGAGCUGGCAUCUGUGAACUGUCUCAUCAGAAAAUUGAAGAUUCUGAAGAAAGCAGUGAUGAAAUCUUUGCUCGCCUAACAUCUGCGCAACCUGGAGCCCUUGAGGGCCUGCGAAGAACAGAGACCCCUGCACCUCUCCCCGGGGAAGCCGGCCGGCUCCAUCAUGGCUGGUGGGUGCAGAGAGAGCUAGCAGCUGUUAUUGCUUUGAAAGCAAGGAAGUCUGCACUUGAACAAGAUGAUGAAAACAAUGACAAACAUGUAUCUGUAACAGAAGCUGAAGGUGUUCCAGAUUCUCAGGCUGGGGUGAUGUGCAAGCUUCAAGAGAGAGAUGACGUUGGACGCAUUGAACUGGUCCAGAAGCUGGCGAGAGAACACUGUCAGUUUUUGCAGACAGACAAAAAAGAACCGGAGAAGUCUGAACAUCAAGAUGAUGAAGUGACGACUCUUCAGGUUAAAGAGCAGGACCAGACCAUCCUGGUGCUGAGGAAAGCGCAGGGCUGUGGCCCAGCCCCCGCAGCUGGGGGCGCGGAGAGCGAUUGGAGAUACGUGGUGGUAUCCGGGACCCCGGAGAAGAUCCUGGAGCACCUUUUGAAUGACUUGCACCUGGAGGAAGUCCAGGACAAAGAAACAGAGACCCUCCUCGAUGAUUUCCUUCUCACGUACACUGUCUUCAUGACGACUGAUGACUUGUGCCAAGCACUCUUAAGGCACUAUUCUGCUAAAAAGUAUCAAGGCAAAGAAGAAAAUUCAGAUGUUCCUUGUAGGAAACGUAAAGUUUUGCAUCUGGUUUCCCAAUGGAUUGCUCUAUACAAAGACUGGCUACAUGAGGAUGAACAUUCAAAAAUGUUUUUAAAGACCAUAUAUAGGAAUGUCCUGGAUGAUGUCUAUGAAUAUCCAAUACUUGAAAAAGAGCUAAAAGAAUUUCAAAAGAUACUUGGAAUGCAUCGUCGUCACACCGUAGAUGAAUAUUCACCACAAAGGAAGAAUAAAGCCCUUUUCCACCAAUUCAGUCUUAAGGAGAACUGGCUCCAGCAUAGAGGAACUGUGGCGGAAACAGAGGAAAUUUUUUGCCACGUGUAUAUAACAGAGCACUCCUAUGUCAGUGUGAAGGCAAAGGUUUCCAGUACAGCCCAGGAGAUCCUGAAGGUCGUAGCAGAAAAGAUCCAACAUGCAGAAGAAGAUCUGGCUCUGGUGGCCAUCAUGUUCUCUGGGGAAAAGCAUGAGCUUCAGUCAAAUGAUUUGGCCAUCUCCAAAUCCUUUGAGGCCUCUGGUCGGAUAUAUGUCUACCGGAAGGACCUGGCGGACACAUUGAACCCCUUUGCAGAAAAUGAGGAAUCACAGCAAAGGUCGAUGAGAAUUUUGGGAAUGAACACUUGGGAUCUUGCUCUGGAAUUAAUGAGUUUUGAUUGGAGUCUCUUCAAUUCAAUUCACGAGCAAGAGCUGAUCUACUUCACAUUCAGCAGACAGGGAAGCGGGGAACACACUGUAAACCUCAGCCUCCUGCUCCAGAGAUGCAACGAAGUCCAGCUCUGGGUGGCCACAGAGAUUCUCCUUUGCACCCAGCUGGGCAAGCGAGUGCAGCUGGUGAAAAAAUUCAUCAAAAUCGCAGCUCACUGCAAAGCCCAGAGAAACCUGAAUUCUUUCUUUGCUAUUGUGAUGGGUCUCAACACUGCUUCAGUCAGCCGACUGUCACAGACCUGGGAGAAAAUUCCUGGGAAGUUUAAGAAACUUUUCUCUGAGCUUGAAAGUUUAACAGAUCCUUCCUUAAAUCACAAAGCCUACAGAGAUGCAUUCAAAAAGAUGAAGCCGCCAAAAAUCCCUUUCAUGCCCUUAUUGCUUAAAGAUGUAACAUUUAUUCAUGAAGGAAAUAAAACAUUUUUGGAUAAUCUUGUCAAUUUUGAAAAACUGCACAUGAUUGCAGACACUGUGCGAACCCUGAGACACUGCAGGACUAACCAGUUUGGAGGUGACAUGUCUCCAAAGGAGCAUCAGGAGCUGAAGUCCUACGUUACCCACCUGUAUGUCAUCGACAGCCAGCAGGCCCUGUUCGAGCUCUCCCACAGGCUCGAGCCUCGGGCCUGAGCCACUACCCACCUCCUGUGACUGCUGUACUUUGAGCCACGGGAAGGUCUCUGCCCAGUACAUUGCUUCCUAUGAGAAAAGAAGUUGCUGAGUUUUAUCAGUACAUCGCAAGACGUGCACAGGAAAGGCAGCCUGAGUGUGUUCAGGAAGUGAUAUCAGCCACCAGGGAUGGGAGAGGCCCCUCCACGAUGCUCUUGGAGCGAGAAGGCAGAAAGAGCCAGCAGCAUUCUUGGAACAGAGAGGCCUGGUUUCUUAUCGUCAUGUUGUUGAUCCUGUCCAGGUUUCAAUUAGAGAUGUGCCAGCAUUGACAGGAGAAAGCAGCUUGACACACAACGAACUGAUGUUCCAGUAUGAGUGUGCCUGCAGGAGGAAGACAGAUUACCGCCUUGAGGCCAUCAGAGGACUGUGAAUGCCCAGAGACACAUAUCUUUGGGCAAGGGGAGCUCUCUCUCCAUCCAAACUGUCACCACAAUGGCCAUGUGAAUCUCGGGAGUUGAGGACUAGCAACUGAGUCUUGCUUCACUGUGAGGAUGUAAAAUGUCAAGGCACACACCUCUUUGCAUCCACAAUCACUUUCUUACGAUGUAUGCUUGCGGGUAAAGUUAGCAUCUGUACAACUGAUAUGCCUCUAUAGGCAAAGUAGACAUAGCUGCUUUGCCAGUAAGGAAAAAUAGUAGUCUUUAAGCAGUCAACUCAUUGUUUAAUUCCUGGGGAUUUUCUUUUAUGUUUGUAACUGGGCUCUUGUUUUUCACUGGGCAUAAUAUGAUUUUCUGUAAAGGCACAGUGCCUAAUACAUUGCAGGCCUUCAGAAACAGCUUGUGGAGGUGAGAAUCACAGAUCUCUGUGUUCUGUGUCUGAUGAAGCCAGAUGGAGUGAGAACACCCGGGUGAGGGAGAGAGAUUGCAUGUGUGAAGCGCUUAGCACUAACAAGCCCAAGGUCAUAGGAUCGUGGGGAUUACCAAUCUUGGGACAAGUGAAAUGUGCCCAGAAAUAUCCAGACAUCUGACUUAUGUUGGAGACUUAGGAGGCCUGUAGUCUGCUUCCCAUGCAAAGCAGAAAGUCUUGCUGUAAUUUACCUUUUUCCUUUUUUCCUCAAGUCUGUUUCUUUCUUAUUCCCAUUUUUACAAAUCGAGCCUUCUGUAGCAAGUGAGACUUCAUGCUCUUCUCGUGGACUGGUUAGAGGGUUUCCCUCAGCCCUCAGAUGAACAGAAAAGGCUGUGGGUUAAAAUAAUCCAGUCCUUCCUGAUAGCUAAAUACUUGUCACUGGCUAAAAUGCAAGGUCCUGCUCCUCGCUAAAAUGCAGUCCUUCAUUUUCUAACCAUGUGAACCAUGCUGUACUUCUCACCAUUCCUGCUCAUUGGUCUGGUGGGUAGGAACCAGUACAGACCUGUUUCCUUUUUGUCUCACCAGCACCGCACUCAUCCUCCUUACUGAGGUGUAUCCAUUGCUCCUGACACCUUUCCAGCAGUGGUGUCCCUGGGCUCAGGGACCACAGGGAGCUGGAGACAGGGCUGGAAUGAGCCAUGUGGGGAAUACUUCUGGUAGGACUUCCAGAGAGACUCCAUCUGGCUCAGCGUACAAAACUUCAUUCCUGAAAAUGUAUAGGGUUUUAGAGGAACGCUCCAUCCACGGCUGGUCUACUCAGAAAUGCUUCAUACUGCUGGUAAUAGAAUGAGGCCUGCUGGAGGAGUGUAGAGCCAUAGAAUCAGGAAAGAGACUUUCCCGAUGGCCAAUCAAGCUCUCAGAAAGCCCUCCCCUUGGCAGUUACUGAGAAUAGUGUAGGCUUACAGCACAAGCACCUGUGUGUGUCUUUUCUUCAAGCUAGUGAUCAGGGUUGGACUGGUGCAAUCACAUAAGGCCAUUUUGACAUUGUCUCUGUUUUACAAUUUGAUUUAUUUACAUUAGAUUCGCAUUGCCUCAAGUAGAGCAUUGCCUUUAAAGAACUGAUUUUCAAUGGAAAUCUAUUUCAGCUGAGCACGUGCUGCUCAGACCCCAGUUCAGAUAUGUACACUUGGCCACACAAAGCCACUUGUAUGUUGUGCUUGAACACAUUUUGAGUGAUUCUUAGUGUGUGCUGCACUGCGUUGAGUGGACAGGGGCUGGGAUAAAGUGGUGUUUGUCACCCUUUUGCUUUAGAGUAAAAGGAAGGGAGGAUUUUGUUUGUUUUAGAUUUGCUUUACCAUCCUGUCUUCUGAACGUCUUAAAACCUUUCAGCUUUUCUGAAAUUUAACAAUGGGCAGAAUUUUGCUACACAAAAAGCUCUUCCUGCGGACCCCCAGCUGUCUGUCAGUGAACAGGCCGCAGCAGGACCUGUGCAGGCCCUGCUGGUCGGGAUGAGCCCAUUCCUUCUCCAGAUGCUCACCAAGGUCUCUUCAGAAUCCGUUUUGUUCUGACUAGAAGGGUAGGCUGGACAUGUCUAAGCCCUUUUCCCACUAGCCUUUGGAAUUUUUAUAGUUGCAGAAAAUCUCCAUCUCUUUGGAAAAUCUUCACCAGAAGGGCUUGCACAGACGCUUCUACAUGGGUUCUUUCUGUUACAGCACAAUUAUCCAACAGUUCUGGAUGCGUUAACAUCGCAGGAAGCCAGCCCUGCCUAGAAAUUCGCUGGUGGUGGUAGAACACAUUCCUGUCGACAAAAUUGGACCUUUCCCUUUUUUCCCCCCCCACUUAUGUACACAUUUGCAGAUGUUCCACAGACUACAUGUUUUAAAUUCUCUGUCAUGGACUAUAUAAUUGCCAAAUGGUUUUAGUGAGGCAUAUUAUAACCUACAUUCACUUUUUUCUAGUAUCCUUACUUAUGUUUAGAAUAAAUUCAUUUUGCUAGACCAAUAUCCUCAAGCAGAUAGUAUGGCACAUACAUUGAAUUUAGAAGCAUGAGAAUAAAGUGAACACCUUACGUCUGUGUGGGAAAGAAACAGAAGCAUGGGAGAGAAAAUGUGGAGACGACUCUUGCUCCCUGGAGCUGGCCUUUCACUGCUGCCUGAAUCUCAGCCCUCCCGUUUUGCCAUGGCCAACACAUGCACUGCAAAGCCAGAACUAUAUGGCACAACCAAUCCAAGUUUCUCAGAAACUGGGCACAAAUAUUAAAAUUUGGAAGACCAAGUCAACUAUAGUUGUCCAACACAAGAUUUCAUCUAACUGCUUCAAAGACAUGUUCUUAAAAUUUUAGCCUGCUUGUUAGUGAGCAAGGCCAGGUCUGCUUCAGACUGGUAGAAGAAAAAAAGUUUUUAAAAAUUGCCAAAAAGUUAGUUGAAAAUGUACUACUGUAUAAAGCAAAGCUGUAUAUACUAAACAUUUUUUAGCAGAGUAAUAUUUAUUUGCAUAGCCUAUUUAUUGUAUUCAUAUUAUACUGUUAUUAGAAGUUGAUGACCAGAAGCAAGGACUCUUGCCUUUUAAUGUACCAUUGCUUAGGACUGCUGUGACAUUGUCAGCUUGCAUUAACCAUUAGAAGAUAGAAAACCCACAAUCGGGGUGUCUACCUAACUUCUCAGGGACUACACUUCACAGUUUUCAACCAUUGUAAGACCUGGUAAAUAUGAAACAUUUGUUGAAUUACCAGAAUUGCCAUUAACAGUGUUUCCUUUCUCAUAUUUCAUGCUUUCUGCCUAUGUAUAUAUGGCUCUCCUGUAUAUUUAUCAAAGCUAGUAAGCAAUAAUUUAUAUGUAAAAAUGGCCAAGCAAUAUAAGGUUAAAACUUAUAUAAGUAACUGUUACUUUAUCUUGUAUUUUCCAGUGUUUUUAAUUGCCUUUCCAAAUACAAGACUAUGUUAAAGAUACUA